AUGAUCCUGAACCAGAGCCUGGAGGAUCCCGACAUGGAGGUAACAUAGAUGGAGGACUCAUUUAGCCGGCUGCUGGGCCAGAUGAAAGCUCUGUAUGACGGGAGCCUUCUGCUUGUGACUAAGCUGCAUAAGCACCUAGCUGAGGCUUUCCAGACGGCCUUCGCCAUCGAUAACUCCCAGAGCCCUACUGCUGCCCCUGAUGCCCUGGACACAAGCUUCUUUGAGGGUAUCAGCCUCGAGGACAUCCUGGAGUCCUUCUUUGACUUCAGCAGGAGCAUAUACCAAGAGCUUAGCUCGAUGGCCAAGCGGGUGUUUGACAUGGGGCACGAACCUGUGGAGGGAAUGGAGCUGCCAACAGAAACCGCACCGUCCUCCAGCCAACUGCCACAGACUCAGCAGCUGUGCAGAGAUCUGCGCAGACAGGCGUCGGAGUGCUGGCGGCUGCGGGCCCGCUGCGAGGCCUGCCAGAGGCCGUCGUUGAGAGCGCACUUCCUGCGGAUUUCCAACUUCGGGGAGCUUUGGGGUAUCUCUGAGCCUUUGUCCCCAGAAUGUCCAGACCUUGGAGAGCUGCAGGUGAAGCUGAGUGAGUUCUCCCAUCUGCUGGAGCUCUCCCGUCACCACUACCAGGAGGUGUGGCAGAUCGUCCAGCGUCACGUGGCCAAAACUCUGGACUGGCUCAGAGACAUGGCCGCUGGACUCGGCUGGGUGUCAAGGGGCAUCCAGGAACGACACGGCCGAGCCGGAAAACAUCUUCCGCGUGACUGCGGUAAGAUGGGUGGUGACGCCUCAAGUGGAGGCACCGUAGUGGGGGUGAACAUCCUGAACUCUCCCACGCUCACCGUCAUGGUGCCAUCAGAGCUGGAACUCCAGGAUCCUGCCUUCAUUCAAAACAUGGUCCAGGAAGCCCUGGCCAUGUGCAAGCAAAUGGUCAGGCUGUCCUGGGCGCGCCUGACCAAAAUGUCACCUGCUGGCUCAUCACCCUGGUGGUCCCUGGUACCCACGGGCUGUCCUGGGCGCGCCUGA